AUGGGUCAUUUGGCUAAGAACUUAGGAUGUUUACCUGAGCCAGAGAGAAGUCUUAGUCAGUCAGAAGAACUGAGCAUAAAGUCUCUGUCGGGGUCCUGUUCUUCUUCAUUGUGCAACCUCAAAUCGAUAUAUUUAUACUGCACUCCUGUGUCGAGGAUAUCAAUCUCUCAACAAUGCUGCCCCCGUCUGGAAACUCUGGACCUUUUCCUCAACGAGCAGUUAGUAGAGAUCGAAACGUUGCCAACAUUAGUAAAGGCCUUGAAGUUGAGGAACUGUAAAAUGCUGAAGGUCAUAAGUGCUUUGUUAGGCAUGGUAAACCUUGAGACACUGCGUAUAGAGAACUGCGGGGACAAGGUACAAUUUGACCAACCAUCCAUGCCAGGCAUAAAUUUUGAGCAUUUGGAGAGACUGCAGACGCUACAGCUCUCAGCAGAAUGCAACAUCUCAGCAAUUGAACUUUGCCUUCAGACUAUAAAGAAAUGGCCAUCCAAAAGUAUAAUAUGCGGAAGGACAGAGCGUGGUGUGGAAUCAGUUAUGAAGUCUUCUGCCUUUCCUGGUCUCACUUUGGUUGAUUCAUGCGUGGCCAUCCAAAAGUAUAUAUAUGAAAGACGUUCGUUGAGGUUAGAAUGCGGGCAGAGGCAUCCUUCCAACGCGGCAGCGAUGGGCUUCAUAGAAACUGUUAAAAGUCUAGAUAUGGCGGCAUGUGAUAGCCCUCGGGAUGUUUCCUUGAGGUUGACAGCUACAAAUAUUACUGUCGCCUAUAUUACUGUCAGCUACUUGGCCUCUAACAUUUUGAAAGUGAAAAUAGAACCUGCAAUUAUUAAUUUCAAUUACAAUUAUGAAGUUUUUCAAGAAGCAACUGAAGGCUUCUGUGCUGCAAACAAACUUGGGCAAGGAGGUUUCGCUGAAGUUUAUAAGGGGACACUCAAAGAUGGAAAAGAGAUUGCUGUUAAGAAGCUCUUUGUGACACAAUCAACACAAGCAAUGGAGGAAUUCCUUACAGAAAUUAAGAUUGUUAGUGGUUUUCUUCAUAGAAAUCUCAUCCGUUUGCUUGGGUGUUGCAGUAAGGGGCAGGAGCGAUUCCUAGUUUAUGAGUUUAUGCCAAACAGGAGCCUUGACCAGCAUUUGUUUGGGGAGGGGGGAAUUCAUCUCAAAUGGAUAGAUCGUUUCAAAAUAAUAACUGGCACUGCUCGUGGUCUUGUAUAUUUGCAUGAACAAUCUCACUUUCCCAUUGUACACAGAGAUAUCAAAACUCCCAACAUCCUUCUUGAUGAAAACCUGCAACCUAAAAUAGCAGAUUUUGGACUGGCCAAAUUUUUCCCAGAAGAUAAGACACAUCUUACAACCAGGGUGGGUGGAACCAUUGAAUAUACUGCUCCUGAAUAUGCUGUGCAUGGCCAAUUAACACAAAAAGUAGAUGUUUAUAGCUACGGAGUGAUUGUCCUAGAGACUGUGAGUGGAAAGAAAUGCAGCAAUACUGGAAUUCCGCAUCCCAUGGAGCUUCUUUUGCAAUGGGCUUGGAAUUCAUAUGAAACAAACGAGAGCUUGAGCAUUGCUGAUCCAAAACUGCAGUUAGAGACUUUAUCUGAAAACGAGCAAAGACAAAUAUUAAGAGUUAUACACAUUGCUCUUUUUUGCACUCAAGGCUCUCCUACUCAGCGACCAUCCAUGUUUAAUGUUUUGUCAAUGUUAACAAAUGAUUCAGAGAUUUCAGAUGUACCCACUCCACCGGCUUUGUUGGAUCUUUCAAAAGACUUAAUUCCUACGCCUCGCCCGGUAAUUGCUGGAACUUCAUCUUCAACUUCAGGAGAUUCUUCCUCAACGUCACAUGGGUCCAUUAGUGUAUCUCUCUUUCCACGCUAAGAGUUAUAAUUGAUGCUACUAAAUGAAGCAUUCCAUGUUUAGUUGAUGCACUCAUGGAAUGGCCGAGGAAGGAAGAUAUCACUGUACAAAUAUUUUUAAACACAAUAGUACAAACACCUGCUUAUUUGCAGUAGAAUAAAUGUGCAUACUGCUGGUUACUGCCAUAUAGAAUGGCCGAGGAAGGAAGA